AUGGAUUUGCGUGCCCGAGCGCAAGAAUUUAUCUUGGUUGAACAAGACGAUCAAACAAAGAAAGAGAGAGACAACUGGCGCAAUCAACUAGACUCAACAGCGGAAAGGGGGCGCGCGUCCAAGGAUCAACGACCAGCUCAAACGUCGCGUCAACCUCGGUCGGCGCCCUACCAAUCUGCAAGGCAAGGGCCACAAAGCAACACUUGGCAUAGAAAUGCCCAAGCCGCUCCGGCAAAUCAAGCGACACAUGGGGGAAACGCGCCCAUACAGGGGCAGCAAACAAAGUUAAACGCCCCUCUUAGUGCGAUUUUGCGAGUAGUUGGGCAGACAAAUGCAGUUCGGUACCCAGAGCCACCCAGGCGACCUCCGACAAAUGUUGAUAUGACCAAGUGGUGUGAUUUUCACAAGGCUGUGGGCCACACCACAGAUAAUUAUUGGACAUUACGCAAGGAGAUCGAGCGGUUGAUCAAAGCUGGACACUUAGCAAAUUUUGUGUCAAAUGAACCCGCCCAAACUGAAGCAGUUGUGGCCACUGAGGCAGGAACUUCAAAAGGAAAGGAGGUGGUUGAAAAUUUUGGCGUACCUGCUGGGUCAUGCUCUUCAAUCGCUGGAGGAUUUGGCGGCGGGCGAUUAUCUAGCAUAGGAAGAAAAGGAUAUGUGGAAGCGGUGAAUUCGAUGCACAAAGCCUAUGAAGGGGAGUGUUGGUUGAACCACACUCCUAUUACUUUCACACCUCAGGACUUUGAUCAUGUUACUCCACAUGAUAAUGAUCAUAUUGUGGUGACACUCCCAGGAAACAACUAUGUUACUAAAAAGGUCUUUUUAGACCAAGGAAGCUCUGUAGACAUCAUAUAUGGCGAUGCAUUUGAAAGAUUGGGUUUAAAAGAAUCUGACUUAAAGCCAUAUACUGGGUGCUUAGUGGGAUUUAUGGGCGACCGGGAAAAGGUGCAUGGAUAUGUGGAAUUAGCAACAGCCUUCGGCGAGGGAGAAUUUGUGAAAAAGUAUGUGCAAUAA